CAAGAGGUUGAAGGCAUGGGAUGCAGAUAACAAUCUUAAUCCGAUUUUGGAGAUCGUGGAAACUUCAAACUGCUGUCUGUCUGUCAGUCAGUUGGCAGGGCACAGUUUUCGGAUAGGCGCUCCACUCACCCGCCCAUUUCCUACGGUGUAACGUGCAAUACUCCAUACGUGAGUGUUCUAAAAGAUUCGUACAACAAGUUUGCCCAACGUUCGACGAAUGUUUUAACGACAAUAACUAAACUCUUAAAGAGAGUCUCGUAAAGGCUAACAGAUAUGUUUUGGUGAUUAUAGCACACUCGGAUACAUAAGGGUUAGCUAGUUGGCUAGCGGUGAAAACACUGACAUAUUACACUCCCACCCCAGAUCAUCAGCUAAAUUUCACCAGAAAUCACCGGUUACAUUUUAGACGGGAUAACAAUAAUUAAAUCUAGAAGGUAAGCAACUGUCAAAACAGUACGUCAAAGAGGAAUAUUAGCAAUUUGUGCUAAGAGUCGGGAUACCUGGCCCACCUAGACGGUUAAUCCAACUAUUGUCAGAUCUUCUCCGUUAAAUGCAAAUAUUAUGCAGACAAAAUAUGGGCCCACAAAGGAAAGGCGAGAAGAAAAGAAAGCUUGAGGAGGUUACUGAAACAAAGGAGCUUCAACAUUCUGAUGAAGAAACUUCAGGCAGCAUAAGAGCAGAAGAAAUGGCACUGAAAAGGAAGAUAAAGGAAAACAAAAAAUACAUAGGAGCUCAUGUCUCAAUAUCAGGAGGAAUAUGGAAAGCAGUCGAAGCAAGUGUGGCCAUAGGAGGUCAUGCUUUUGCCCUUUUCUUGGGCUCCCAGCGCUCCUGGUCCAGACCUGCCCUCGAUCCAGCUGCUGCAGUUAAAUUUCAGGAAGCCUGUGUUCUUCAUGGCUUCGAUCCGAUGCACAUCCUGCCACAUGGAUCUUAUUUGAUGAACUGUGGCUCUCCCAAAGAAGAUGUGUUAAGUAAGAGCCAGGCCAUGCUUGUGGAUGAGCUGAGUCGCUGCAGUGCACUGGGUCUUAGCCAGUUUAACUUUCACCCUGGGGCUUCUAUGGACUCCAGCCCUGAGCAGUGCAUGCAGAAAAUUGCCCAAGCUAUUAACUAUGCGCACCAGCAAACCCCUGCCAUCAUUACAGUGCUUGAAAAUAUGAGUGGUCAGGGCACCACUAUAGGUGGGCAGUUUAGUGAACUGAAAAGCAUAAUAGACCGGGUCCGUGACAAGACACGUGUCGGAGUGUGUCUGGACACUUGCCAUGCUUUUGCAGCAGGUUAUGACAUUUCAGAAGCUGGGGGAGUGAAGAACAUGCUUGAUGAAUUUGAUUGUGUGGUUGGAUUACAUCAUUUGAAAGCUUUUCAUCUAAAUGACUCUAAAGGAAAAUUAGGCUGCCAUCUGGAUCGCCAUGAAGACAUUGGGCAUGGCCAAAUAGGUAUUACUGCUUUCCGAGAAAUUGUAAAUGAGCCUCGACUGGAUAAUAUCCCUCUGAUUCUAGAAACUCCCGGCCGCCCAGGUUUUGAGUAUGCUGAACAGAUUGAGCUCCUUUACUCCCUUUGUGGAAAAAACUGAAGAAUUUGACAUUUCCUGGGUGCCAACUGAAGCUGAUCUAUAGCAUGCUCGAUAGGCACGGGGAAACUGCUGGAUCUUCCCUGGCAGAGUUAUUAUUGCAGAAGCAUAAUUAACAUUUAAACAUUACCCAGCUUUUGUCAUUGUGCAUCCUCAUUAAUUGAGCCUUUAAUGAGGUCUCUAUUCGAGAAUAAGAUUACAUCAAUUAUACAUGUUUCUUUUUUUCUUUUCUCAUUUCUUCUAAUGCAAAUCAUGUAGUUACAGAAGAUGUUUUGUCUGAAUGACAAAUUUUGAGUCUCUUUUCCAA